UCUUUUUAUGUUUCAGUCUUGUGCAAAAUCAUGCAUUUGGGUUUUGAAUUUGUUUGGAAUGUAUAAAACAUGUUGAAUUUUGGAGGCUGGUUUUGAUAUAUCUGCAUCUGCUUGAUUUUCAAGGAAGUAAUUCAGCUUGCAGCUCAUGAUCACUUCAUUGGUUCUGCACAUUUUUAGAAUCCUCAAAUGUUAAAUUUAACAUCAAUUAUGUCAAAACUGUAUAAUGCAGUAACAUGAAAUAUACACAUAAAAGAGAGUGAAUUUAUUUUGACAGCACAAGGAAAGAGCAUCUUAUUCUUCCAAUUUGACAAUUCAGUUGGACAAUUCAACAACAGAAUUAAUUGAUCUUUCUUGAAAAUUAUAAAGAAUAUCAUAUUUCAAAUGUAAAGAAAACAGAAACCAUUUAUCACAAAGUGUUGAAUAGUACUGUCAUUUAUGAAAAUUAAUUCCUAUUUGCAACUGUAUAUGACAUUGUGAUAUCAUCAUCUGGGAAGUCGGGAAUAAAUACGAACAGAAAAGAAUUUUAAUUACCUCUCAAGUCAAAAUGGAAAAAUAAAAUAAAAAUCCAAAGUAGGAAGCUGAGAUGCAGGAAAAAUCAGAAGAACAAAAAUAUUUACAGAGAAUUAGCCACAUAUAAUAGGGUGGUACUGUGAUGGUAUAAGUGAUAUGUAUGGCCUGUCAAGCUGUAAGAUAUUUUUGCAUAAGAAAUUAUUAUUGUGGUCCAAAAUGGCUGAGGGAGGGAGAAUAGGGAAACAAGCAGACAAAUUAUACCAAAAGCAGUUGCUGCUAUCAUCCUUUGAAACUCAUCAUGCCAGUGCUCUCUUUGUUUCUAUGCAGAACACAAACCAUCAUAUUUGUAGGGCAUUAAAAUCCUAGCUCUCUAAAUAUAUUUGCUGCCUUUUUUCUUCAUUUGGCAGAUAUACUAGGCGAGAAGGAGAAGCAUUGUCAGAUAGGAUAUUCAAAUCAAGCUGCAUAUCUGAUCUGAGCAUACAAGUUUCGGGAAUUUAAGUGUCAGACUUUCACAAUUCAGAUAUUGGGGUCAGAAAUCAGCAAUUUGCACAAGCUAGCCAAAUUUAGCUUCAGUAUGGAGAAGCUUCUUAAGCCAUAUGAUAAGGAGUGCAUGAGGAUGGCCAUUUUAAAGCAUGAAGAAACAUUCAAAGAGCAGGUAUAUGAACUUCAUCGUCUAUAUCAUAUCCAGAAGAUAUUGAUGAAGAGUUCCAUUGGUAAAAGUAGGCCAAAGGGACAGAAACAAGAGAGUUGGAAUUUAAAGAAUGAAACCAGCUUCAGUCAGUUGAAUUGUCAUCAGCAUGAGGCACAACAGUUUAACCCACAAAGGAAACUAGAUUUAGAACAGCCUGCAGCAGCAGCAGAAGAGUACAUUGCAGACACAGAUGGAGAUGAUGGGGUGUUAGAGAUCAUAGAUGAGAGUGAGAUUGAGUUGACUCUGGGCCCCACUAGAUACAACAACAACACCACCACCAACACCAACAGAAGGAAGAGAGGAGAGGCACCACUAACAUCAGAUUCAGGGCCAAGUUUCUCUUCUUCUUCAACUGGAUCAAGCCAUGUAAACAGGACAAGUAGUUCCAGGACUCAUCAGAAAAAACAUGGCCAGGUGCCUGACAUGACCUCAGGGUACAGAAAUGGAAGUAAAAACAGCAGCAAUAUUGAUCCUGUUGAAGAACAAUUGAGACAGGAUGAGAGGCUAAAACUGCCUCCAUGGCUUUUCCAAGUUUUGAGCUUGAACAUGACUUGAAAAAAAAAAAAAAAUCUUCUAGGUUGAUAUGAUAAGAUUUUAGACCGCUUCUUCUUAUUGACUAAUUUGUGAUUGAUGUUUUGGGUGGGAUUCUAAUUAGUUGGUUUCUAGUGUGAUGAUGGGUGGCGUUUUGUAUAAAGAUCAUUUGUCUCCCUUGCUUUA